CUCAGAUCAAAACCACAACUGAUCUCAAGUCGCCGUGAAAACCAAAAGUUGGCCGGUAAACGCAGCCGGAGUUGGUUGUCGGCCGCCAUAAACAGUGAGCAACUCUGUCCAGGGUAUUGUAGUGAGCUGGUUGUUAAUGGCUAGUUCCUUAAAACUCUUUCACCAGUUCAACCACAUUAGGACUUUCGUGAAUGCGAAGGUCAAAUGGGUUCGAGACCCGAAUCUUGAUACAGCAGUCCUGAAAGAGAAAGAUCUCAAACAGAUAAUUUCUCUCAAGAAUCAAAUUAUUUCAUCGCCUUCCAAAUCCUUAACCAUCUACAAUGCCUCUAUGCUGAAACCUUCCCUUAACCUUCCCACUACAACUAUGAAAUUCGUUGACAAAUAUCGUCAUGUUUUCGCACAAUUUCAACCGAGUCCUGGUGUUCCUCUGCAUGUUAAGCUCACUACUCAAGCUUUAUCUCUCCACAAAGAAGAAAUGGCUGUCCAUGAUUGUCCGGCUAACCGUGAAGACGCUGCUCAGAGGCUUGCAAGGCUUCUAAUGCUUGCUGGCAUGACGAGAUUGCCUAUUUAUGUAAUUGAGAGGCUGAAAUGGGAUAUGGGUCUUCCUCAUGAUUAUAUUACAACCCUUUUGGCUGAUUACCCUGAUUAUUUUGAUGUUUGUGUUGUAGAAGAUCCAUUGUCUGGAGAAGAAGUGCUUGCUUUAGAACUUGUUUCAUGGAGAAAAGAACUCUCUGUGUCUGAGUUAGAGAAGAGGGAGAUGAGCUUGAACUAUGCUGCAGAUAAAAGAAAACAUGAUAUUCCAUUUCCCAUGUUUUUGCCUAAAGAUUUUGCUUUAGAGAAGAGGGUGAAGACUUGGGUUGAGGGUUGGCAAACAUUGCCUUACAUUUCUCCAUAUGAAGACGCGUUUCAUCUUGACUCGAAUAGUGACCAGGCAGAGAAGUGGACAGUGGCGAUUUUGCACGAGUUGCUUUCUCUUUUAGUGUCAAAGAAGACAGAAAGAGAGAAUUUGCUUUGUUAUGGAGAGUGUUUGGGGUUGGGCUCAAGAUUUAGGAAGGCUUUGGUUCAUCAUCCUGGUAUAUUUUACAUUUCUAAUAAGAUUAGGACUCAGACUGUCGUGCUUAGAGAGGCUUACAGAAAGGAAUUUCUGGUUCAGAAACAUCCAGUGAUGGGUAUGAGAUAUUGGUACAUUCACCUCAUGACCAAGGCGUAGAAUCACCGUAAACGAGUUGAUUGAU